UUCUGCGCGCUCCUCGGCGCUGCCCCGGGGCUGCACCUCCUGAAGGUCACCCGGGGCACGGCCGGCUCAAGGCGAGCCCGAGCACCGUCCGACAGCGGGGUCGCGGCCCGGGGCGCCUCUGGCCCCGAGCGGUGCGGGCGGGGCGCGCUGCUUUCCGGGGCCCCGCCGAGGCCCGGGGCUCGCACAAGCCGUCCGGGGCUCGCCUCUCUCCGGGCCGCCGGGGCGGUGACACGAGCUGAGCCGUCGGCGGGCCGGGCGCUCCGACAUGGAGCUGCGGCUGGCGCUGGGGCUGGCGCUGCUCUGCUCCGCGCUGGAGGCGGCGCCGGCCGGCCCGCGGAGGCCCCGCUCCGCCGUGGGGCAGUUCUGGCAUGUAUCUGACCUACAUUUAGAUCCGACUUACCACAUUACUCCUGAUCGCACCAAAGUUUGUUCUUCUUCCAAAGGAGCCAAUGCCUCCAACCCAGGCCCUUUUGGAGACUUUUUGUGUGAUUCUCCCUAUCAACUUAUUUUGUCAGCAUUUUCAUUCAUGAAGAAUUCAAAAGAGCAGGUUUCAUUCAUGAUUUGGACAGGAGAUAGCCCUCCUCAUGUUCCUGUAAAUGAGCUCUCCACAAAGUUGGUCAUUAGCAUAAUUGGUAAUCUGAGUUCUACAAUUCGUAAUUUCUUUCCAGAUCUUCAGGUUUUCCCAGCCUUAGGCAAUCAUGACUACUGGCCACAGGAUCAAUUUCCUGUAACUACCAGUGAAGUUUACAAUGCUGUAGCAGAUUUCUGGAGACCUUGGCUAAGCGAUGAAGCAAUCAAUACCUUCAGAAAAGGUGGCUUCUACACACAGCUGUUUGAAUCCAGUAAUAGCCAUCAACCACUCAGGAUAAUCAGUCUGAACACAAAUUUAUAUUACAGCCCUGACAAGGUAACUGUGAAUAUCACUGAUCCAGCUAACCAGUUUGCCUGGCUGGAGGAAAUACUUGAAACCUCUUCACAAAAGAAGGAAAAGGUGUAUAUAAUAGGUCAUGUGCCAGUAGGAUACUUGCCAUAUGCAAGGAACACUACAGCUAUCAGGGAAUAUUACAAUGAGAGACUGGUAAAGAUUUUUCGCAAAUACAGUAGUGUUAUUGCGGGCCAGUUUUUUGGACAUACACAUAGAGAUAGUAUCAUGGUCCUCCUGGAUGAAGAAGAAAAGCCAGUCAAUUCCUUGUUUGUGGCACCUGCUGUAACGCCAGUGAAGAGUGUAGUGCAAAUGGAGUCCAAUAACCCUGGUGUCAGAUUGUAUCAAUAUGAUCUUUUUGACUAUAGCUUGCUGGAUCUUUGGCAGUUUUACUUGGACCUCAGAGACGCCAACCAGAAAAAUGAAUCGAACUGGAAAUUAGAAUACAUCCUGACUAAAACUUAUGGCAUUGAAGACUUGAAGCCAGAAAGCCUAUAUGAAAUGGCCAGGCAAUUGUCUAUGCCAAACAGCACACUGUUUGAGCAGUAUUACAGUAACUAUAUUGUGAGUUAUGACAAAACUAUUCUCUGUGAAGAGGGGUGCAAGACCUGCCAAAUAUGCGCAAUCCAAUAUUUAGAUUACUCCUCAUACACAGAUUGCAUCAAUCAGGAGGCAAUGUGGAGAUGAAAGCUCUGUGCAGUUAAUGCAGAUAGUGACUUUAGCCUGUGAUUUAAAGAACCUGCAAGCACUGACAUGCUGACAGAAAGCCUGCAGGACUUCUCUACAUUUCAGGGGAGCAGUAAAACUCCUUAGAUCUUUCUUCUUGCAAAUCUGUUUUCCUUUAUCAUCUAAAUAAAAGUUUAUUUGCUAUGUAA